ACCUUACUAGCAGCAGGAAAAUCCUCAUGUGGUAUGUCUAAUCGCCAACAUGGACAUUGGGUCUCUUCACAGUCUCUGGAACUUAUAGAUGCUCGCCGGCAUAUCCCGGCUGGAAGCGAACACAAUAAAACUUGCACAGAGCUCCGGGCAAUACUCCGUGCUAGCCUGAAGAGAGACCGCGAAUCCUGGUGGUCUCCUCGUGCAUCAGAGAUGGAAAUGGCCGCAGGCCUUGGUAAUCAUCGUAAGUUAUUCUGGCUGAUACGGGAAACAGGUAGCGGGAGACCUGGUGUUAGUGAAACUAUACGUGACGAGAGUGGACAGCCUAUCCACAACUUAUCAAAACAUUUAGAGCGUUGGGCUGAGCACUUUGGAAAGCAAUUUAUUCGGUCGGAAUUGUUAGAUUUCUCGCCGGCCACUGAUCGCCCUGCUCUGUGGGCUGUUCCUUUGGAUCCACCCUCUCGCGCAGAACUCGAACGUGGAUGA